AUGGCCACUACAACAAUUACUCGAACGACUCAAGAGAAGAAACUCAGUGGGAAGUCUUUGGUUGGGAACUUCAGUCUAAAUGAUGUACUGGUUCCAGAGAAGGCGGGUACAGGAUUGACAAAAUGGCACUACCAACGACGCACUCUGUUACAAUAUGCUGGCCUCUUUGCCGCCGGUCUCACAGCUUUUUACAAGGCUGAAUCCCCAGCACUACGGGCAGCAGGUAUGGGAGGAGUUGUCGCCCCCAUCGUCUUGUGGACUGGAACUUCAUUGUUAGCGGCAUUCCUAGCCCGUGACUCCGUUUUGGAGCUCGCAGGCCCCAUCUGGACUGCUGUUUGCAUAUCUGGUAUUGCAUACAUCACCUAUGCCACCCAGACCGCCAAUGCGGAGAUGAGGAAGAAGCGAGAAGUUCGCAAUGAAUACCUCAUCAACGCUGUGUCUGAGAAUCAGUCAAUUGCAAGUGAACCAAAGCCAGGCUCUCGCGAGAUGGACGAACGGACACUACGUUUCACCCAAUGGAUACUCGAGCUUGGUCUGACUGACAAGGAUGAUUGGUCCUAUCACGAUAUCAUUGACCAAUUCCAAACCUCCGCGAUUCGAUACCAACUGUACGAAAGUGUUUCGGACCUGGGAAUGUAUCAAUAUAUCUUUACUCCCAAUUUCCAUGGUUAUCUAUCACAAGCACAGAGAAAUUUGAUUGAAAAGAGUUUGACUGAAAAGGUCGUUAACUUUUGGAAGUACGAAUCAAUGGCCGGCAAAUUCAAUGCACACGACUGGGAUCCAAUUGUAAAGGACAACAUUAUGGUUUCCGGAUAUAUCCUUCAAGCCAUUGGCAUCUAUCAGUCGAAUACUGGUGACGAUCGAUAUGCCAAGAAGGACUCUUUGGAGUUCGUGGUUGACAAGAAUCACAAAUACAAGUAUGAUCUUCAGAGACUCGCUGAAGCAGUCUACCGCAAUAUGGACCAGAAUCCAUGGUGUCUCUACCCUUGCGAGCCAAACUGGCUCUACACAAUGUGCAACUUGGUAGGAACUGGUGGGCUAGUGGCUUCGGACCGCCUCCUUGGCAACAACUUCGGAGAGCGACUCAAGAAGAGAUUCGAACAUGCUCUAGAGACAGAAUUCACCACCCCCGACGGCAGUAUCCUUCCCAUCCGCAGUGAGCUCACAGGAUUUACCCUCCCCGGGCUCGCCGGCGCUCUGGCCGAUGGAGUGAAUGCCAUCCUAUGCUCAGCCUACCUACCCCACAUAGCACAUCGCAAUUGGGCUUUCACCAAGAAAGACACGAUCACAUACGACAAAGAAGGUAAGCUAGAAAUGCUCAACCUAGUUGGUGCGGACAAGCUGGACCCCGGAAACUACAAAGCCGGCGAGGGUUGCAUCCGCGCUAUUUUCGCUGCUGCAGCCGCAGAAUUCGGUGACGAGAAGAUCCGCAAGGAACUCCUCCGCCAGCUCGAUGAAGAUUAUCACCCAGUCUUCGCCACACGCACUGGCGCCUUGAAGAACAAGGGCAUCUCGACCCUUGAACAGGGCACCGCUCUUCGCGGCCGCCUGGGCGGGUAUCAAGACUGGACAAAAAUGAUCCAGAAGGGCCCUGAGCCGAAUACUCUGCGCGGUCCUAUCUUGGACGAAGUGCCGUUCCCAGAAGUUCUGGUUGCGAAGGCUUAUUCGCAGGACGGCGAGGGUAUAGACAUGGUGUUUUACAAUGGUAAAGAGCCAGGCACCUUCAAACUUGGUUUCACGAGGUUGAAGCCUGGUGCUGCAUAUCAUUUUGGUACCCAGACAUUGACCGCUGCAAAGGAUGGCACUGCUCAGGUGCAGCUUGCGAUCAGUGGCAGGACAGCAGUCAAACUGACGAGAGAUAACUAA